ACCCGCAGCGGCGGCGGGCGGGGAGGAAAGGAAACUGGGGAGGGAGACAGGGAAGAGGGUGGAGGAGGAGAGGGGAAGGCGAGGGCGAUAACCGGACGGGGGGAGGACGCCAAAAUAGGAAGAAACCUAAUUGAUUUUACCGCUGCCCGGGCCUGGAUAUCAGCUGCAUCUACCAGACAUCAUCGGAGCCCGGUCAUUGGGGCGAUAACGGAGCCGCGGUUACCACGGAUGACCGGCUACUAUGGAAGAUAUGACAGCUGUCAGCCGGGAAUGUAUUCUCAAUGAAUGGGACGUGUGGCCCCGGGGGCCCCGGCACGUCUGAAUGUGUGUACCUGGAGGAUCACAUGACCCGAGGAGAGGAGCUGACAGAUUGCUGUAGAUCGGAGCAUGGAGAUCAGCAGGUCGUGUCCUCCCUCACCAUGACAUCUGUGCUCCCCAUCACCUGGCAGUCCCAUGUAAACACUACCUUAUAUAUAUAGGAUCCUGUGGAGGCUGCUAUAAUUUAAAGGAAUAGUCCAUGGACGUGAAAUCGCUCAUGUGAUCCUGUCCAGUGGACGGCAUUGGAUCAGAAAGGUUCUCCGGGUGCGGAGUCUGGUGAUGGUGCAGGAUUUCCCUCCAUACUCCGCUUGUGUUGGAGCCUGAUAUCUUACAUUGACUGGUUUGAUGCCGAAAAUCAUGUAAGUUGCAAGGCCAGCCGAUAUCAACCAUGGUGGAUAUAGCGGAAAGUGGCCAGGAGGUGAAGAAGACCUUCAUUGUUCCAGCCAUCAAACCUUUUGAUCAUUAUGACUUCAACAGGGCCAAGGUGGCCAGUAACUUGGCCUGGUUGGUUGCCAAAGCCUUUGGUGCAGAGAAUAUCCCAGAGGAGCUUCAGGAACCCUACUAUACGGAUCAGUAUGACCAGGAGCAUAUGAAGCCGCCGGUGGUGAACCUUCUUCUUUCUGCGGACUUGUACUGCCGAGCAGGGAGCCUUAUUCUGAAGAGUGAUACGGCCAAACCACUUCUGGGGCACGACGCUGUCAUCCAAGCCCUGGCACAGCGUGGGCUCUAUGUGACAGACCAUGAAAAGCUGGUGACUGAGAGAGACCUGAGGAAGAAGCCGAUUCAGAUGAGCGCUCAUCUUGCAAUGAUUGACACCCUGAUGAUGGCGUACACAGUGGAGAUGGUCAGCAUAGAAAAAGUCAUUGCAUGCGUCCACAAAUACUCGCCCUUCUUCCAGACUGCGGACCUGCCCUAUGACAUUGAAGAUGCUGUCAUGUACUGGAUAAAUAAGGUAAACGGACACUUGAAAGGAAUCCUGGAGCAGGAGCAGCGAGUGAAAGAACAGCAGAACAUGGACCUAAGUGGGACCCAAAAGUCGUCUUCCAAAUGGUUUUGGAAACUGGUCCCUGCCAGAUACAGGAAGGAACAGAAUCUGUACAAGCAGCUGCCAUGUAUCCCUCUUAUGGAGAACAUCUUGAAAGAUGGCACUGAUGGAUGUGCCAUAGCUGCCCUCAUCCACUUCUACUGCCCUGAAGUGAUCAGAUUGGAAGAUGUCUGCUUCAAAGAGUCCAUGUCCCUGGCUGACAGCCUGUAUAACCUUCAGUUAAUUCAGGAAUUCUGUCAGGAGUAUUUGAACGGAUGUUGCCAUUUUAGCUUGGAAGAUAUGCUGUACGCGUCGUCCUCUAUCAAGGCCAAUUAUUUGGUAUUCAUGGCAGAACUGUUCUGGUGGUUUGAAGUAGUAAAGCCAUCAUUUGUACGGCCAAGAGUGGUUGAUACACGAGGACCCAUGAAGGCAUCCUCAAAUUCCUCACGUUUUAACAGGAGGCAUACAUUAGCAAGUUCCUCAAAUGCAAGAAACCCACAAGAUGCGUCAUCAUCGCCUGGUCCAGCUGUCAUUCGAAGAUCCUCUUCAAUGUCAUACGUGGAUGGACAGGUUGGGACUUGGCCCAAAGAAAAACGAUCUUCAAUGCAUGGUGUAUCAUUUGAUAUUUCUUUUGAUAAAGAAGAUGAAAUCAGAGUAACAACCCCAAGCAGACCAAUCCGAAGAUCUAUUAGUAAUGAGGGCUUCUCUUUGAACCUGACUCGUGUUCCAAAACACAUUCUGAAAAAUCUUUCCUUCCAAUCCAUCAAUGGACAAGGACAAUCAGAUAGCAUUAAUGAAGAAUGGAGUCAGGUGCCACAGAACUAUGAUGACCUCUCACCCACCAGCAACCAGUGGAACUCAGAUGAAGUUGACCGAAAUAGACAACCCAAUGGUCCACAUGAGAAUAGGAUACCUGCAGAUGAACAGGAUACUCAGAUAGAAGCUCCUAGUAUUGAGGAAGCCCUUGAAAUAAUUCACAACCCAGAGAAGAAUACUCCUACCAUUACAGAUCAAGUAAAUAAUGGAUUUUUCCUUCAUAACACUGAUGCGAAUAGGGGCUUGCUAUUAUCUCCGCUACCUCUUUCAGGGACUAAUUUAGACAUUAUUGACACAAAAGGAUCCCAGAGCCCCAUUACUGACAAUACAGAGGUGGACACUGGUAUACAUAUACAAUCUGAAGACAUUCCAGAAACAAUGGAUGAGGAUUCUUCUUUGAAAGACUACACUGUUAGCUUGGAUUCUGACUUAGAUGACCAUCUGAAAUUGCAACAGGAAUAUGGCAUUCACAUAAAUAAUGCUCGGGAAGCAGUCAGUCCUUGCCCUAGCUCUGUUAGUGGCAGAUCACAAGCAGGUAGUACAGCUUCUUCCAGUUCUGGUGUCAAAAUGACCAGCUUUGCAGAGCAGAAAUUCAGAAAACGUAAUCAUGGAGAUAGCAGGAGCAGCGGAAGCAGUUCCCAGAAAACGACUCCAGAAGGUUCAGAACUAAAUAUUCCACAAGUGGUUGCACUUGGCCAGAUCCAAGAGGUAAACGCUCUUCCACAGAGCAAAGACGCAACACAGCUCCUGGCGUCUGAGGUGGUGCAGCUCAGAAUGAAAUUGGAAGAAAAAAGAAGAGCCAUCGAGGCACAGAAAAAAAAGGUAGAGGCAGCAUUUACACGUCAAAGGCAGAAAAUGGGAAGGACUGCAUUUCUAACAGUUGUAAAAAAGAAGGGAGAUGGUAUUUCCCCCCUGCAAGAAGAAGCUGCAUCUAUGGAAACUGAGAAAGGUCAUCAAGAAAUCUCAGAAGAAAAGGAAAUGCAACCUUCUGAUACUGGUAUCCCUUACCUAAAAUUGAAUAGUGAGCAAGCAUCAUCUAGAUGGCUGAAAUCUCCUACAACACCUGUAGAUACCGAAAAAUGUUUCAGCCUAACAAGCCCAAGUGAAGAAAACUUGACUGAAAUUGAUGUAGGAGAGUACACUAAGUCAAUUGAAAAACUAAAUUACUCUCUGAAUUUUCUCCAGCAAGAAAUGCAAAGACUGGCUUUACAACAGGACAUGUUAAUGCAAAUGAGAGAGAAGCAAGCUUGGGUUAUCUCUCCACCACAACCUUCACCACAAAAAGUGCCCCAGAAGGAGUCAAAACCAACAACCAAGCCCUCUGUAACAUGGUCCCCAAUUCCUUGCCUUACCUUGGAGUCCCCCCGCCAAACUCACAGAUCCCCUCAAGCUACACUCAAAAAGACUGUCUCUUUUCCUGUAAAACCCCAGAGGACACCUCGACCCAAUGAGCUUAAAAUAACACCUUUAAAUCGCACUUUGACUCCUCCGCAAUCUGUAGAUAGCCUUCCACGACUCCGAAGGUUCUCACCAAGCCAGACACAAACCAGAUCCUUUGUUUACUUUGGAGAUGAUAGAAAACCUGUAACCGAAGAUCAAGAGGCUAAGGAAGUAUCAAAUACAUACGAAUGUUCUAAUAUUGAGACCAGUGGAAAUGAAGACAUUGACAGGGAAGGAGUAUCAUAUCAGACUCCUCAUCGGACUGGGAAAAUUAUGGAAGUGGGGAAAAAGCCCAUUGAGUCGACAGUAUCUGAAGUUUUGUCGCAGCCUAUUAUAGAAACUGUGUGUCUAACACCAAAUGAUGAGGUGUUCAGUCAGAGGAGCUUUUCAACCUCUAAAAAUGGUAGUCUUAUUGAAGUCCCUCUCUCAAAGUUACAGCCUCCAGAGAUGACUUCUGAAAAAAGUGAAGCAGAAAUUGAAAAAGAACAGAUCUCCGAGGACCAGAAAGUUUGCUGUGGCUUCUUUUUCAAGGAUGAUCGCAAAGAGGAAAAUGAUAUGGCUGCAAAACGUGCGGCUCUUUUGGAGAAGAGACUGAGGAGAGAACGUGAAAAUCAACAGAAGAAGAUGGAACAAGAGAUGGAGCUGGAACUCAAGAAAGAAGAAGCCAGACGAAAGUCAGAAGAGGAACGUAAUAAGAAAGAGGAUGAGAAGUUAAGACGAGAGUUUAUCAAACAAGAAUACCUACGCAGAAAACAGCUGAAAUUAAUGGCAGACAUGGAUUCUGUUAUCAAACCUCGGAUUAAUCUUAACAGGACGAAAAAGCCCAGGCCUAAAUCCCUCCACAGAGACCAACAUGUGGAAUUGCCUAGAACACCAAUCGGCGCUCCUCCAGCUUCAUCCUUUUCCCUGGCUUCACUGAACACAGGUGACAAUGAAAGUGUCAAUUCUGGGAAAAGAACACCAAGUCCCUUUAGGUCGGAAUCUGUAGAAGGAUUUCUGUCACCUGUCCGUUCUGGUAGUCGUAAUGGGGAAAAAGACUGGGAAAAUGCUUCCACUACUUCUUCAGUGGCGUCAGCUACCGAGUACACAGGACCGAAAUUGUACAAGGAACCCAGUGCUAAAUCUAACAAGUACAUCAUCCAGAAUGCUAUAUCCCAUUGUUGCUUGGCUGGUAAAGUGAAUGAAGGGCAGAAGAACAAAAUUCUGGAGGAAAUGGAAAAAUCGAAUGCCAACAACUUCCUGAUCUUGUUCCGUGACUCGGGAUGUCAGUUCCGCUCUGUAUAUAUGUACUAUCCUGAAACUGAUGAGAUAACCAAGCUGACAGGCAUUGGACCACGUUCUAUAACUUGUAAAAUGAUCGUCGGUCUCUACAAAUAUAACUCCGAUCGCAAGCAGUUCAGCCACAUCCCAGCCAAAACCAUGUCUGCCAGUGUUGAUGCGGUGACCAUUCACAGCCACCUAUGGCAAGCUAAAAGACCUAUGACCCCCAAAAAACUGCUUUCUUCCAAAGCAUAGCAGUGGUCGACAAACAAGUUGUGGCCUCCUGAAGUUUUAUGGAGAUAGCAAUUACUUGUUGCCAAUGAGACUUGUAUGAUGCGAACGCAGACUCUUCCUCCUGCUGUCUUUACACACAACUGGAAUGUAGG